AUGAUCUGGAAGCAGCGGAACCGCAUGAUACCGAAGUGCGUCCGCAAGAAGAACCGGGACGACAAGGCCAAGUUCGAAGAGUUCCUUGCCUCCAUCUUCCUGUCGAAUUGGGACAGCUCCGCCGUGCCAGGCCUGGUCACGCUCAAUCCGAGGAAGCAGCUAGAUUGUGCCACUCCAGUUGGUGUCUGGUCUCGUGACCUCACCAAGGACAACAAGGGCCAAGAGGGCAGCGUCAAGCUUCCCGAAUACAAGUGCAAAGGUGGUACAGCCUACUGUAGACCCGACAUUAUAAACGGCAUGGUGAACUUCAAGAUCAUUGACCGUCGAGGCUGUCACCAAAAGGAGGAGGAUGUUGUUUGGAGCAAUGGCAAAGGCUUGACUCCUAGCUUGAAGAGUUCGAUCUGCGGAACCUAUGAUAGGUACGAGAUCCAGCACAUCCACGAGCACAACAGAAAGGUUGCCAAGGCUCGAAUGCAAUACCGUCUCUGGGCAAAGGGUGGAAGCCUCGUUUCCGACUCACUGCCACCGCCGGAGCCCGAGUUUCUCAGCAUCCGCUUGCGCCAACGACUAUUCUGCGGCAAACGUUUCAAGGAGGCCAAGAUGAUCCGCCGCUUCGCAAAAGACGACAUCGCCAACAUGAAGGAAACCCUCCAUUUGUGA